AUGAGUUAUCUAAGUUUGGCUGCAUUUGCAGCAGUUACCUUCGUUGUAGCUUUCCUCGUCAAGCAACUUGUCUGGCACCCAUUGGCGGCGUACCCAGGUCCGCUGCUGGGAAGAUGCACCAAUCUUUAUGCCGCGUAUCACGCAUGGAGGGGAACGCUUCAUAUUGACAUGUACAGAUGUCAUCAAAAAUACGGCCCCGUUGUCCGCUAUUCGCCGUCUCGCCUACUUAUCAACAGCAGCACGGCUGCCCGGGAAAUCAGCUCCCAUGGUGCAAAUGUCAUCAAGUCAAAGGCCUACCAGGCACUCGUUCACAGUGCCCCAAAUACCUUGACAAUUCGCAACAGAGAAGAUCAUGCACGCAGACGUCGUAUCCUGAGUCUUGCCUUCUCUGAUGCACAAUUGCGCGCCUACGAAGCUAUCCUCCUCCGUCACAUAGAGACACUUUGUCUCAACUUGUCUGACAAUGCAAAGUCUCAGGCAUCGAGCUCUGGGUCUGAGGCACUGGACAUGUCUCACCAGUGUGACUACUUCACCUUCGAUAUCAUGUCAGAGGUCAUCUUUGGCAUGAAAUACAAUGCCCUCAGAGAACCAAAGUACCGCUUUGUUAUGUCAGCCUUGGAGGCAUCCAAUGUCCGUAUCAGUGCCUUGGUCCAAGCUUCGAGUCUUGCGCUCGGAAGGGUCGACAAAUAUCUGUUCGCCGAGUCAAUCAAGUCCAGGAACAAGUUUCUCGGGUUCCUUGGUUCUCUCCUGAAAAGCAGAGCAAAGGCUUCCUUCUCUGACAAUGGCAAUGUCUUCUCAUAUCUUGAAACAGCCAAGGACCCGGACGGCGAGUCAACACUCAGCAAGUCUGAGAUACGAGCAGAAUCAGCUACACUAGUGGUUGCCGGAUCGGACACGUCUUCGACGACACUGGCAGCUACCUUGUUCUACCUCAGUGGAAAUGCCAGGGCAUAUGCCAGGCUGUGUCAUGAGAUCAGAUCGACCUUUGACAGUGUGGAGGACAUUCGCAUCGGGGCCAAGCUUAGCUCAUGCAAUUAUCUAAGAGCAUGUAUUGAUGAGGCGCUGAGAAUGUCGCCACCUGUAGGAGGAGGAAUCGAUGUUGGUACUGGGAUCUACAGUCUGCAUCACCACGACGACUACUUCGAUUCUCCAUUCGAGUACAAGCCUGAAAGAUGGGUUGUAGGCGAGGGCGGAUCGACCAAAGAGUCGGAGUUGGCACGCACAGCAUUCUAUCCCUUCUCGAGUGGACCUCGCAGCUGCGUCGGCAAGGGAUUUGCGUAUCAUGAGAUCACGUUGACUUUGGCGCAUAUCCUUUACAGGUUCGACUUCACCAGGUCUACAAAAGAUCAGAAGUCGUUUGGUGGGUCGACUGGCAACGUGAAUGAGUUCCAGAUGUGGGAUCAUGUUACAUCCGCCAAGAAGGCCGAGUUCGAGUUCUUGACCCCUAAUGAUAUCUGCUGGCCAUCUGAUAAAGAGUGGGGCCGAUUCAAUAGCUCCAUCGCCGGAAACCUCAUCCAGACGGCCCCACCUGCGGCGCCGUGUUAUGCCGGACCCAAUCGGGAUGCCGCCGCUUGUGAAGCGGUCACCCAGGGCUGGAGCACGGCGACUUUCCAAGCAUCUCAGCCCAUCGGCUAUGACUAUCCUCUCAACUCCUCUUGUCCACUAGCUCAGUUCACUGCCAAUGCCCCCUCGGCCAACUGCACAAUCGGAAACUCCCCAGUAUUUGCUGUCAAUGUCACCGACGAGGAGCAUAUCUCGAAGGCGGUCGAGUUCGCCAAGAAGAAUAACAUUCGUGUCGUCAUCAAGUCUACGGGCCAUGACUUCCUCCAAAGGUCGACCGGCUACGGUAGCCUUUCCAUUUGGUUGCAAAACUAUCGAAAAGGUUUCAAUUUCCAUGACGACUUCCAGGUCGUAAACGAUUGUCCCAAGACGGACUGGAAAGGGAGCGCAUUGACAAUCACUGGAGCCUACUCGUGGUCCGAUAUCUACCCCACUGCGUUCGAGAAGAAUCUCAUCGUCGUCGGUGGAAACAACAGGGGACCUUGUGCCACUGGCGGUUGGACACAAGGAGGCGGGCACAGCCCGGUGACUCGCUUCUAUGGGCUCGGUGCCGACCAGGUCCUGUCCGCAAGGGUCGUCUUGGCAUCUGGAGAGAUAGUGACUGCAAGCCCUUGCAAUAACUCUGAUCUGUUCUACGCCAUCCGUGGAGGAGGAGGUGGUACCUACGGGGUCGUGACACAGAUGACAGUCAAGACCUACCCUACCAAGAACAUUGAUGCCAUCGACGUUGUUAUCGGCACCGCGUCAACAAGCGCAAAUGCCUCGGCCAAGUUCAUCGAUGCGAUGACAGAUAUUUAUUCUUCCUAUCCUUAUCUGUCAGAGGUUGGCUUCGCCGGCUACGGCGCCUGGGCUAUGAAUAGCCCAGUGCCCAUCGGCGGCAACUUUUCUACUUUCUACACUCAGACCUUCACUACGCUGGGCAACGACGCAGCAGAGGCGACCCGGUUGUUCAAGCCCAUCGCAGAGAAGAUUACCCCUCUGAAAGACGCCGGCUUCACUGUUUCCAUUACGCAGAAGGCGUACACAGACUAUGGUGCUUACUACGCCAACAAGUCAGGAACAGAUGCAACUGUGGGCGGCGUCUCAGCCCUGGCCUCUCGCUUGUUGGGAAAAUCAGCGUUGGAGGGCAAUCGAGAUCAACUUCGCAAAGCUAUGGAUAUAAUGGCUGGAAAGGAUGGCAAGGCCGUGUUCCAUACCAUCGUUCACCAUGGUCUUCAGACGGCGCAAGAAACGCGAGACAAGUCAUCCGCGGUUCAGCCUGGAUGGUACGAUGCUGUCAUUCUCGACAUCUUUGAGAGACCGAUUCUCAGUGGCGAGCUUUCUGUGUCAUCGAAUAUCGAUCUCUUCGACGACGUCCGUCAGAACGUACUCCCAGUCUAUCGGGAACUUUCGCCAAGCACUGGAACUUACAUGAACGAAGCGGAUUGGGGCGACACGAAUUUUCAGGAGGACUUUUACUCCUCAAAUUGGAAGCAACUGAUUGAGAUCAAAACCAAGUAUGAUCCAUCUGGGGUCUUUUACUGCCAGACUUGUGUCGCUCUCGAGAAGGCCGCUGUAACGGUCGCAAUGGUGGAGCCGAAGGCAUGUGCGCUUGCUGGUAACGCAAGGGUGCAACAGAACCAACCAGAUCACGCGUAA